UCAACCUGCAGAGUGUGAGGAGGUAUGUUAGCGCACAGUCGAUAGUGGAAGCUGCGAGCGGCGAGUCAGAGCCUUGAUCGCACACUAGGCUGGACUUACUGGAUUGCAGCAGACGACAGUUGGAGUAGCAGACGAUAUCCGGUGGAGGAGCAGACGACAUGGCGGUUACACCAUGUGAGAUGAUGAUGUAGUCUGUGAACAUGUCUCGUGAGCGCACCAUUGUUGUCACACAUGCAGUGUGACGUUUCCCGCCAAAAAGGAGCACGACAGCCUGAAAGUGUCGUCUGGCUAUCUGAACGUCCUCAGACGGCACUCCGUGGAAGAGAAGCGCAACAAGAUGAAUGGUACCAGACUGAAACCGCCUAAUGGCGACUCCAAAGACGGCCAUUGUCGUCUGGUCAUCCUGGGAACGCCCGGAGUAGGGAAGACAGCUCUCACGGUGCGUUACUUGACCCGAAGAUUCAUAGGAGAAUACUGUCCAACAUUAGAGAGUGUUUACAAAUACCACACACGUAUUGAUGAAGAUGACGUCAAGCUGGAGAUACUCGACACUGCCGGACAGAUACGUGCUGAGUGGAAGGAUGGCUAUGCACUAUGGGCAGACAGUUUUAUAUUCGUAUAUUCCAUAACAGAUCGAAACUCUUUCAACGAAAUUACACGAAUCAAGAAAAGCGUGGAAAACGCUCGGAAAUCAUCGACUCUCGCCGGCAUUCUGGUCGGAAACAAGAACGAUCUCCUACACGACCGUCAAGUUUCCGAGAUCGAAGGUCAAGAACUUGCCGACGAGUUAGGAUGCAGGUUUUAUGAGGUCUCGGCCGCUGAUUGGACGCAAGUGGAAGUUAUUCAAGACGUUUUCAGAGACAUGUACAGAGAGUUUAAACGGUCAAGGUCACUCAAAGAUGGCCGCCAGCGAAAGACAAGCUCCUCUCAAAGGUUCAAACAGGCUAUUCAGAAGGUGAUCACGGGAAAAUCGAACAAUAAUAAACGCACAGCGACGAUGUGACAACGAUAGAAACUGGUGGUGGAUGUUGUUAAAGUAUAUCUGUGAUUGUGUGCGUGAUUCCUGCUGAUUCGAUGGAAAUAUGAAGCAAGAUGUACUCGGCUGCAUCUUGCUGCAUAUAUGGAUUAAUUUCAAUAUGGUGGAAUGGUCGGGGAAAUAAUUUAUUGGUUAUUUCAUUGUUCGAUAUUUAAAUGUUGAAUGACCACUGAACAUGGGCAUCAGACGACUCAACGAAAUCAUGAUCUCACAAUGUUACAAUGGGACAACACGUAGGCGACCGGAGGAUAUGUUUAAUUAGAGCAUCACGUGGAGCCAGGUUCUUUGCGAAGCAGUCGCCGGAAACCAGUCCCGCGGAACCUUCACCCAGUUUGGUGACUCCAGAUAAUACUGCGGAUGAAAACAGAAGACCACACCUAACGCCGAUUCAAGAUGGCCGCCAUUUUCAUACGCUUAGCCUCCGAAAAUAUAUGAUUUUGAUAAAAAAAAAUAUUUCCAUUUAAAAUGGAAAUUGAUUCAGUGAAAUGGGAGUUUCAGAAAUCUGAGUAAAAUGUAUUUAUUGCUCUUGCGUCACAGAAAGGGCUGUCCGGAUGGGGAAAGGGAUGGUUCAAGAUUAAGAGACAGUCUACCAUCUACAAUUCGUGUGGUCUAUCUUAUAUCCGUGCGUAUUUGUCAACUUUUCCUGGAGUUUCGGAGGUAAUAUCACGACACUUAUGCAGCCGCUUCCGUAAGGAUGGAUAUGCUGGUAGUAAGGUGUUUACUGCGCAUGCGUGGAACCUCCUGACAAAGAUGGCGGACUUUCCGGACGUAAUGUCUUCAUCCUUCGUGAGACAUUUACUGUGUUGUUACGCCAAUACGUCACGGAUUAUUAAAAUGUGUUACGUUAAGGAAAAAUGACCGGCGUCUGGAAAUAUACAGCGGAACCUCCUUUAUACGGACCUUGUUAAACCAGACACCCAACCAUCAGUGGUGGACAAUGUUGAGAAUACGGUUAUCUCUGUAUUCUGUUCUUUUAACGUACGAAAUGGAUGGGUAUCCGUCCAAGUGCUCCUCAAUAUUCGUUAAUUGUCAUGAAGAUUAUACUGAUUUCAUCCCAAAUACCUAUGUGUAUAUAUCGAAAGUGUUAUCUGGUGUAAAUAUGGGGCAAUGUUUGUACACUGUA